AAUGCGGCAAGAUGGACUUCCUCUUUUCCGAUACGUUCGCGGUCGUGUAAAUUUGUGUUGAAAAACCACAAAAUUAAAUCUUAGCCAUGGUGCGUAUGAACGUAUUGGCCGAUGCCCUGAAGUGCAUUAACAACGCAGAAAAGCGCGGCAAGCGUCAGGUGCUGUUGCGCCCCUGCUCCAAAGUCAUCAUCAAGUUUCUUACUGUGAUGAUGAAGCACGGCUAUAUCGGCGAAUUCGAGAUUGUUGAUGAUCAUCGCUCUGGCAAGAUCGUUGUCAACCUUACCGGACGUCUGAACAAAUGCGGCGUCAUCUCGCCACGCUUCGAUGUGCCCAUCAACGACAUUGAGAAGUGGACCAACAAUCUGCUGCCCUCUCGCCAGUUCGGCUAUGUCGUGUUGACCACAUCCGGCGGCAUUAUGGAUCACGAGGAGGCCAGAAGAAAACAUCUGGGUGGCAAAAUCCUUGGUUUCUUCUUCUAAAUGGUCGCUACUGGAGCAGUAGGACAAGCCAGCAACAUCUAAAGCUAUUUUGUGUGUGUGGGGAGUUGAAAUAUGUACAAGUUGUUUUAUUUCCCCGUCGCGAUAAUAUCAAAAAAAACAAAUAAGAUAAAUAAAAAAAAAUACGUUCAUGUGAACAAUAAAUAACUUCAAACAUCGUUCAAAGACAACCUGAAUGAUUCACAAGAAAACGCGAAAUAAAAUGAUGAAUACAUAAUUUUUAA